UCGUGGUCUCAUUUCAUUGGCGAGACGUUUGUCCAAUGAGCCGCGGCCAUCUGUGCAGGGCUCGUCGCCGUUGAAAUACUCAGGUUACAUUUCCUCGAGGCUUUAUUAGCUGGUUUCACCUCAAAUCUGCUGUCUCUAACUCCCUGGCACCGGUGAGAAGAAGCAGCCAACAUGAAGCUCCCAGUGGCGAUUCUCGCAGUUUUUGCAUCGAUAGCUGUCACCAUUGACGCUACCGUCUACUUCAAGGAACAAUUUCUGGAUGGAGAUGGAUGGGAGAGCCGGUGGGUCGAGUCCAAACACAAGUCAGACUAUGGCCAAUGGAAACUGAGUGCUGGGAAGUUUUAUGGGGAUGCUGAGGCUGAUAAAGGUAUCCAGACCAGCCAGGACGCCCGCUUUUACGCCGUGUCGGCUCGCUUCGAGCCUUUUAGCAACGAGGGAAAGCCCCUGGUCAUCCAGUUCACCAUCAAGCAUGAGCAGAAGAUUGACUGCGGCGGCGGCUAUGUCAAGAUCUUCCCGUCUGACCUCGACCAGAGCAACAUGCAUGGAGACUCCCAGUAUUACAUCAUGUUUGGGCCUGACAUCUGUGGAUACAGCACAAAGAAGGUCCAUGUGAUCUUCAACUACAAGGGCCAGAACCACCUCAUCAAGAAAGACAUCAAAUGCAAAGAUGAUGAGCUGACCAACCUGUACACACUGAUCCUGAAUCCAGACCAGACAUACGAGGUGAAGAUCAACAACGAGAAGGUGGAGUCCGGCUCCUUGGAGGACGACUGGGACAUGCUGCCCCCAAAGACGAUCAAGGACCCAGAGGCCAAGAAGCCCAGCGACUGGGACGACAGGGCCAAGAUCGACGACCCCAAUGACACCAAGCCUGAGGAAUGGGACAAGCCAGAGACCAUCCCUGACCCUGAUGCCAAAAAGCCUAGUGACUGGGACGAGGACAUGGACGGAGAGUGGGAACCUCCCAUGAUCACCAACCCGGAGUACAAAGGCGAGUGGAGUCCCAAGAAGAUUGACAACCCUGACUACAAAGGAGUCUGGGUCCACCCCGAGAUCGACAACCCAGAGUACACUCACGACGUCACUAUGUACAAGUUUGAGAAGAUUGGAGUACUGGGCCUGGAUCUGUGGCAGGUGAAAUCUGGCACCAUCUUUGACAACUUCCUGAUCACUGACGAUGUCAAAGAAGCAGAAGAGUUUGGGAAGGAAACCUGGGGAGUUACAAAGGGACCGGAGAAGAAGAUGAAAGACGAGCAGGAGGACAUGGAGAGGAAAGUCAGGGAGGAGGAGGAAAAGAGCAAGAAGAAGGACACUGAAGGCGGUGAUGAGGAGGAGGAGGAAGAUGGCGAGGAGGAGGAUGAGGCAGAGGAAGACGGCGAGGAGAUGGAAGAGGACGCUGGGACGGAAGAGGACAGUGAUGUCAAAGAGAAGGAUGAAUUGUAGAGCAAAAGGACCCGGUUGGUUGUGUGCUUCUCUCUGCAGGUUCGAAAGA